UCCUCUCUCCCUCUCUCUCUUGGUGGCUUCUGUCUUCCCCCACGCUCAAUAAACCUUUAUCAUCCAUGGUGUCUGUUCGUCUACAUGAUUGAAUAUGUUCCUCGACUCGUCUAAUAAUCCUAGCUCUAUAACUUCCAUACUGCUUAUUAGUUCAUCUUUUCUGCUGUUUUUAGCAUUAACUGUGCUUUUCCUAGAAAAAAAGGGGAUGUUUAGAUGUUGAUGACAUGGGUAUUUCGGUGUUGCUUUUCGUAUGUUUACCAUAUUGUCUCCCAUUCACAUUCCAAAUGUUUGGCUUUAAAACUGUCGGACCUCGCUCUGUUCAGACAAUGUUAAGGUUUUUCUAUCGUAUCUGUGCCCGCUUGUUAACACAAGUAAUUAUGUGCUUUCCCUUGUGCAAAUCAUGGAGCUUUUGAGCUGUCUCCUUCAAUAUUCCGAAUUGUCUCCGAGUUUAGGAAUGAAGUUGGCUUUUGGCUAAAUGUUUAUGUGUUGCUAAGGUUGUUCUUAAAAAGGGAAAGACUCAGCUCUUCAAGGAUGGAAGUCCGAUGGUGUAUAGUGGAGCAGUUGACAGGAUAAUAGGAAAACCACCUCCACAGACCGGAGAUAUUGUGAUUGUCGCAGAUGGCUCCGAGAAACCCAUUGGUUGGGGUCUGUAUAAUUCUGUUUCUAUGUUCUGUGUCCGUCUUAUGCAACUUGAAGAGGAAGCAACCAGAGAUCCUUCAUGUACAUUGAACAUCGAGAAGCUUCUUGAAACAAGAAUUGAUGCAGCGGUGGAAUUGCGAAGGUGUUUGGGACUUCCCUCAGCCAGUACAAAUGCAUAUCGUCUUGUGAACAGCGAAGGAGAUAGAUUGUCUGGGUUGAUCAUCGAUGUAUUUGGAGAUAUCGCAGUGGUGGCAUCUUCUGCUGCUUGGCUUGAAAAGUACAGGAAUGAAGUGGAGAAUUGUGUGAAAAGGAUUAAAGGGAUCAAUCAUCUGAACUGGAGACCAUCUCUUGAUAUACUGAAAGAAGAUGGAUUUGAUACCUCGAGUUUGAAACAAGUGCAAUUGUCUGCUCUCCCACAGAGGACAAAGGUCGUAGAAAACGGGAUUGCUUAUGCUGUUUCCUUAGAGGGACAGAAAACAGGAUUCUACGCAGAUCAACGUGAAAACCGUCAGUUCAUAUCAACAAUCUCUCAUGGCCAGAGAGUUCUGGAUAUUUGCUGCUAUAGUGGUGGGUUUGCUCUAAACGCAGCCAAAGGUGGUGCCACCAAUGUCAUAGGGAUUGAUUCAUCAUCACCAGCUGUGGAGCUUGCGAGAGAGAAUGUGAUACUCAACAAUAUGGAUCCAGAGAGGAUCUCAUUCCUGAAAGAGGAAGCUACAGAGUUCAUGAAGAAUGCUAUAUCAAGGAAUGAGACAUGGGACAUCGUGAUCCUCGACCCUCCUAAGCUAGCACCUCGCAGAAAGGUUUUGAACAACGCGGCCGGGAUGUACAGAAAUCUGAACAGUUUGGCGAUGAGAUUGACAAGGAGAGGGGGUCUGCUCAUGACAUGUUCCUGCUCAGGGGCCAUGACUCAGAGUGGCUUGUUCAUGCGCACUCUUCAGAGUGCAGCAACAAUGGCGGGAAGGAAGAUAACAGUGGUGAGAGAGGCAGGCGCUGCCUGCGAUCACCCGCUUGACCCCUCCUACCCCGAAGGCCGUUAUCUCUCCAACGCUCUCCUCCGUGUCCUUUAACAUAUUUUUGCCAUUGCUGUUGUAACAUGGAUUGGAGUGUAGUAUACAUCUUUUGCUUAUUUAGUUUUUCUUUUCCUUGCAGGCUAACUACUCUUAAAUUAACAAAAAAAAACAGGAGUAACCGAGAAAGAUACAGCCAGUUUCGUAGAUAUCUAAUGUUUAACUAUUCCCUAGAGGAGACACAUA